GCUUCAAGCGAUUAAGUGCGUGACUAUCACAGCGAAUUAUGCGACUUUAGGAUAUCUGAUAUUCGCGUACAUCAGCAGUAUCAAGGGUAGUUCUAAACAAGAUAACUGUCAUUUGUCAUACAGUGUCGAGUGAAUACAAGCGUGUUUAAAAUCCACAUGCAUAAAAUUGCAUGUAGUGUAUAUAAACGAGAAUAAAUUUAUGGUGAAUCGACGGUAAAGACGUGAUCCAACAGACGUCGAAGAAACGUACACUGAACUAUAAACGAAUCUUUUCGUAAUCGAUAUUAAAAGUUGCGUUACACGUGCACUACAGGUUUCGUGUUGAAAUCGAUCGAUGAAAGAUUGAUUUCGGAGGGGAUAAGAAUUCAUAGGAAAAUGAUAAGAAGUAUUUAUACAUAGGUAUUCGCUUCUAGAAAACUUCCAAAGACGCUAUCUGUCGCUUAUCGUACUUUUAACCCACGAUCGAACCGCGGUAGUUAAGACCGACUUAUUAAAGACAGACACGAUUGAUCUAAACGAGACCUAACGGAUCUAAUCAAUUCGCGACAACGAAACGAGUCGCACCAAUUGAAUGCCUCAGCCUGCUAGCUAACGUGACCGAUCUUGAUUUAAAGAGAUUUUAAUUAGCGUUGCUGUAGUAGAACCGAAUGUUCAGCCCGUAGCCGGUCAUUUAUCGUGCUCCUCGUCAAUGGGUUCAACCAAAAUGGAUUCCUCUUUGAACCCGCGUCGGAUGUUAUAUGACGUAAAAAACUGGAGUCUGCGGGGCACGUGCAAGGCGAUCAGUCGCAAGAAGGAAGUGACGUUCUCUCCAGACACGAAGCUGGCCAGAUGUCUAUCAACCCUAGAUCUGAUCGCCCUUGGAAUAGGCUCGACUCUGGGCGUCGGCGUUUAUGUCCUUGCGGGCUCCGUCUCAAAAAGCACAGCCGGUCCCGCUGUAAUAAUUUCCUUCGCCAUCGCCGCGUUCGCGUCCAUGAUCGCAGGUUUGUGCUACGCUGAGUUCGGCGCGAGAGUGCCGCGUGCCGGGUCGGCCUACGUCUACAGCUACGUAACGAUGGGAGAGUUUACGGCUUUUCUGAUCGGGUGGACUCUAAUCCUGGAGUACGUAAUCGGCUCGGCCAGCGUGGUGCGCGGACUAAGCACUUACGUGGAUGCUUUGUUCAACAACGCUAUGAAGAACGCCUUCGAAUCCGCAGCGCCUAUAGACAUCAGCAACUUCUCUUCCUACCCUGACUUCUUCGCUUUUGGAGUCACUCUGAUCUUCUCUGCGGCGCUGGCGUUCGGAGCGAAGGAGUCCUCCUUGGCGAACAACGUCUUCACCCUGGUGAAUCUGUCCGUGGUGCUCUUCGUGAUAAUCGUGGGAUCUCUUAAAGCUGACGUAACGAAUUGGAAAACGAAGCCCACGUGCUCGGAAGAGGAGUGCGGAACCGGAGGAUUCGCGCCUUAUGGCAUCGCGGGGAUCAUAAGGGGAGCAGCGACGUGCUUUUACGGUUUCAUCGGAUUCGAUUGCGUCGCCACUACCGGGGAGGAAGCGAAAGAUCCGCAGAGAUCUAUACCCAUUGCGAUCGUUGUCUGCCUCACCGUUGUCUUCCUAGCCUAUUUUGGUGUCUCCGCGGUUUUAACCACCGUGUUACCGUACUAUGAACAGGAUCCCGAUGCCCCGUUUCCUCAUUUGUUUGAGACAGUCGGGUGGAGCUGGGCGAAAUGGGUGGUUACCAUAGGUGCCAUCUGCGGCUUAUGCGCUAGUUUGUUAGGCGCGAUGUUUCCUCUGCCACGAGUGAUUUAUGCGAUGGCUUCUGAUGGACUGAUAUUUGAGUGGAUGGGGAAAAUCAACUCCAGGUUCCAUACGCCCAUCAUGGGUACCUUCUCCGCGGGAGUCCUCACUGCUGUACUGGCUGCGAUAUUCGAACUGAAGCAGCUGGUGAACAUGAUGAGCAUCGGAACCCUGCUAGCCUACCUAAUCGUCGCAAUCUGCGUGCUCAUACUAAGGUACGAAGAGAGCGAAGCGUACGAGAAAAAAGAGGAUCGUGACCCAAGGAACUUCACCUUAAUCACCAAGCAGUUAAUCAACGCUAACAAGUUAAAGCACUCCACGAAAUUAACGUCUCAAAUUGUUACCUAUCUCGUCAUAUGUUAUGUUGUAUUGUGUAUCUGCAUUGGUCUCCUGACUUCGGUGUACAUCGAUCAAAUCACGAGUGGUAAAACGCCGUUCAUUAUAACAUUGUCGGUUUUGGUGGUUGUUUUGUUGAUCGUUCUUUCUUUAAUUUAUGUACAACCGACUUCUGGUACGAAGCUUACGUUCUCGGUAUGUAUCUGCAUAUGUACAUUGCAAGUGUGCAGGCUUUUACUAUUUUGUGUUCUUCAGGUUCCAAUGGUGCCAUUCUUACCGGCGCUCAGUAUUUUCAUUAAUAUUUAUCUUAUGAUGAUGCUGGACAAAAUGACAUGGCUGCGGUUUGGCGUGUGGAUGUUUAUUGGUCUCUGUAUAUAUUUCAGUUACGGUGUUUGGCACAGUAAGAUGAGGCAAAAAGAAAGCACUAAGUUGGCCGAAAACGGGUACGUUAACGAAGAGACUUGGAAGAACAACGAAUUUAAUACGGAUACGUGAUACUGUUCCU